CUGCCGCUUUCGAUUCCACUGCGUGUCCCAAGUAGGCUUUCUUUACAUCUGAAUACCUUGACCUAGUCCAUUUGCCGUGUCUUGUAUGCGUAGGUAGCAAGCAGCGCAUGCUCCAGAUCUAACCGCAGCUUUCUUUCUUUCUUUUUUUUUUUUUCCCUUUCUUGUCGCAAAUCGCAAUGGCUCAGUCCAAGCCUGCCAUUUCGCCAUGGGGCGGUGCUGUCGCCGGCGCAACCGGAGCCGUCAUAGCAAAUGCCUUGGUGUAUCCUCUGGAUAUCGUCAAAACUCGGCUACAGGUACAAGUGAAGCCUUCCGGCGACAAAAGCGACAGCUCUUCCGAUGAAGUACACUACACGUCGACCUGGAACGCCAUCUCGCGGAUCGUGGCGGAAGAGGGCCUCCAGGGCCUAUACGCCGGUAUGAACGGCUCGCUGGUCGGCGUGGCCUCCACCAACUUUGCAUACUUCUAUUGGUACACCGUUGCCAGGGCGCUAUACACAAAAUCCGCGGGCCCUUCUGCGAGCGCGCCUUCGACAGCGAUAGAGCUCUCUCUGGGCGCAGCGGCCGGUGCCCUGGCGCAGCUCUUUACGAUCCCCGUUGCCGUUGUGACGACGCGCCAGCAAACCGCGGCAAAGGCCGAUAGAAAGGGCCUCUUCGCCACAGCUCAGGAAGUCAUCGAGGGUCCGGAUGGUGUCAGUGGACUUUGGAGGGGCCUCAAGGCUAGCCUUGUCCUGGUCGUCAACCCGGCCAUCACAUAUGGAGCUUACGAGCGGCUGAAGGACGUCUUUUUCCACGGCAAGACCAAGCUACAGCCGUGGGAGGCAUUCGCUCUGGGAGCCAUGUCUAAAGCUCUGGCAACGAUCGUCACUCAGCCCCUCAUUGUUGCCAAGGUGGGCUUACAGUCAAAGCCACCUCCUGCGAGAAAAGGAAAGCCAUUCGGCAGCUUCAUCGAGGUGAUGCGCUUCAUAAUCGAGCAUGAAGGCGUUCUCGGACUCUUCAAGGGCAUGGGCCCCCAGAUCUUGAAAGGUCUUCUCGUCCAGGGCAUUUUGAUGAUGACAAAGGAAAAGGUUGAAUUGCUUUAUGUUCUGUUUAUGCGAUACCUCGCCAAGUCACUCAGCCUCUCAAGAGCACGGGGAGCCAUCGCGGCUUCAUCAGCUGCGGGUUUGGCAAAGAAUGCCACACUGGUAGCGCCCUUAGUAAAAAGCUGAUGCCGUAUGUUUUGCUUUUUGCUCCUAGUUGAUUAAUGUUUUGUAUGAUAGACGCUAUCUCUAUAGCUAUAUAGUACUAUACGGACCUGCACACGCUUGGAAGCCUUGUAAUCUUAGGCAUAUGAAUUGACGCUUAUCCCUUGUUAUGGUAAUGAGCAUCUCUGUGUGCUAUCCUCCCCUUUGACAUCAAACAUAAUCAUAAAGCUAUAUUUUUAACCUUGGAGCUUGUCCCAAACAUCUAUAACAUUCAUCUAGCCCGCCAGUUCUUCGGUGCCAAGGAAAUUUCAUAUAUUCUCAAAAGGCCUCCCAAUUACCAAUUUGAAUGGGAGAAUCGCUAAAUAUAUCGCCGCAAAGCUCUUGGGCUGCCCGAUGUUCCCACAAGCUCUCAACAACCAGGUACAUGCGGCCAUGGCUCGUAUUAGACGACUCAAUAUCGAAUUCAGGCGUUCGAAUAACUGUUCCAGAGUCUUCCGCACCGCCCUUUGAUUCAACCAGAAUAUGCGUUUGUGAGUCUGCGCCACCAACGAUCGAGAUCCGGACCAUCAAAGCUGGUAGGGAUCGGGUAUCAUAAUGCAAAGAUUCCGACAAAGGAAUCGGGCUUUGGAAAGAGGCAAUAGCUCGAGUUACCCAAGUCGCAUCAAGGGAUGCCAUCCAACGCUGCCCCUCUCCUCUCAAAGUGAAUGAUGGCAAAGGCGUCCGUAGUUUUCCUGCAGUAUCAGCCGGUAUGGGCUCUAUAGUAACCGGCGUCAUGGAGCCAAUUCGCAAUGUAAAAUCAGCAGUCUGCUGUGCCUCAAAAGUCGAGCAAACCAGAGUAUAGUCGCCCGCUUCAAGCAUCUCAAGCUCAGAAGAGGCGCAACCGCGACGGUAUUCCCCCGACGAAACGACCAAGUCUUUCCUCCUAACUGUAUUUGCACGUUUCCCUCGCGCCCAAAUCAGGUCAAUAUGUACGUGAACGUCUUUAUUGCUCGUGGCUAGUAGAGCGGAUAUAGGGGUGGCGCGAGAGACCGACAGUUUAUACUGGGGAUUUAGAAAAUAAGUAGUACAGCCCGAGUUUCCUCCAGCGUUUCGUCUAUUCCAGGCGCCCUGUUGUUCUGUAAAGUAUCUCAUCUUCUCUUGGGCUUCUUCAACACCAACGGGUCCGUUGGAAAAGACAGACAACGUAAAGGUGUAGCUGGCCAAAGCCAAGUCCUGUUGAUCGAUAACAACAGUGUAUGCUUUACCAGCCCUGCUUUCAAUCCGCGCGAGUGUCUGCGGAGAAUCAACCAAUGGCCCGGAGUAGGUUGGUCCAUCGCUGAGCUGGACUUUGUGGCCUUGUCUGUCAAAGACUAGAAUGCUCAUAAACCCAAGUUGGCUAGCCACAGCUGCUAGAGAGCCAGAUUUAUUGCGAGCAAUCUCAAGUUCGGCAUCUGCAAAAUGGCGGCUCAGUAGGAUCCAUACCACUCCACCGGCCUGCGAAGUGAUUGAGAAUUGCGGAUUCCGCACCAAAGAUGCCGCAAAAUCUUUAGUGGGAAUGUCCCAAGCAAAAUGGCGGUCUUGACGAUGGGUAAAUAGGGCCGGGUUCCAAUUGAGAUACAUGGACUCGAAAUGCUGAGCGAUAUCUUCAAUAGACAGCCAAAAGGUACCCGCCGACGGUGAACUGGCAUUGCCACUAUCCAUUUCGGAUGAAGAGGGUGUAUCAAACCUGGGCCUCCAAGGGUUUUUAACUAGGAAUUUGCGACUCGACGAAUCAACAUCUUGCACAGCAUAAUCGUGCUCCCCUAUGAGACCCAUGAUGUCUCCUUCUUCGGCAGAGAUGUGGCCAGUGCCAAGAGUAAUGAUGACAUUCUCCAUUUCAUAAGCUGUUUUGAUUCUGUCCCACGUCUCGUCUAUGUCAAAGGCUUCCCUCUGGAGGAAUAACUGUUCUGGUAUCCAACCGGUGAGAACCCAGAGAUCAGUUCCCGAAUUGCU